UACCUAACACAAAAUGUAUCAGAUAAUCUUUCAAGCAAUGCCUUCAUGCUUCUUGCUUCAGCAUUCCCACCGCAAAAUAAGCAAGAAAUGACUACCCCGCAAGGACAACCUUUUAUGAUAGGAGAGGGAAUGCGAGAUUCAUUUGAAAGAGAAGUUUGUGCCAAUCAGAAUGAUCCUGGGUUUGCUGGCUCUUCUCGAAGUGCAAUGUCCAUAUGUAGGUCAAGUUUAGAUGAAUUAUCUUUUGUAGAUGAUAUACAUACAUCAGAAAAUUUGCCUACAUCAUAUAGCCACUUACCUCAUGUGGGGGACUGCAUGAAUGAGAGAUUGGAUGGAACUCGAGAGGAAAAAAACAUAGCUGAGGAUACUUGUGGAAGUCAGGUUACAGUCACUUCUUGCAGCUCAGAAGUGAUAAUCUCCGCUAACAGUGGUGACUGCAUAAAUGAGAGAUUGGAUGGAAUUCGAGAGGAAAAAAUUAGAGCUGAGGAUACUUGUGGAAGUCAGGUUACAGUCGCUUCAUGCAGCUCAGAAGUGAUAAUCUCCACUAAGUGUGGUGACUGUAUAAAUGAGAGAUUGGAUGGAAUUCGAGAGGAAAAAAUUAGAGCUGAGGAUACUUGUGGAAGUCAGGUUACAGUCGCUUCAUGCAGCUCAGAAGUGAUAAUCUCCGCUAACAGUGGUGACUGCAUAAAUGAGAGAUUGGAUGGAAUUCGAGAGGAAAAAAAUAGAUCUAAGGAUACUUGUGGAAGUCAGGUUACAGCCACUUCUUGCAGUUCAGAAGUGAUAAUCUCUGCUAACAGUGGUGACUGCAUUAAUGAGAGAUUGGAUGGAACUCGAGAGGAUGCUUGUGGAAGUCAGGUUACAGUCACUUCAUGCAGCUCAGAAGUGAUAAUCUCCGCUAACAGUGGUGACUACAUAAAUGAGAGAUCGGAUGGAACUCGAGAAGAGAAAAUUAUAGCUGAGCAUACUUGUGGAAGUCAGGUUACAGCCAUUUCUUGCAGUUCAGAAGUGAUAAUCUCCGCUAAGAGUGGUGAUUUAGGAAAUGAAGCGGUCAAUUUGCCCAAGACAAUAUCGAGAAAGAAAGAUGAAUUCCCAAAAAAAGAAAUUGAUUGGGAUGAAUUGAGGAAGACCUAUUCUACUGGUAGAUCCGGUGUUCUUACCGAAAGAAAUAGGGAUUCUGUCAAUUGGGAAGCCGUUAGACAUGCAGAUGUUGAAAAGAUUUUUGAGCCAAUCAAAGGUCGAGGACAGGGUAAUGUUCUUGCUGCAAAGAUCAAGAAUUUUCUUAAUCGAUUGGUUAAAGAUCAUGGAAGCAUUGACCUUGAGUGGUUAAGAGAUGUCCCACGAGAUAAAGUGAAAGAAUACUUGUUGAGCAUAGAUGGGAUUGGACCGAAGAGUGUGGAUUGUGUUCGACUUUUGACACUUCGGAAUCUUGCUUUUCCUGUUGACAUAAAUGUUGCUCGAAUAGCAGUACGUCUAGGAUGGGUCCCUUUGCAACCAUUACCUGAUGGCAUCCAGAUGCAUCUUCUGGAGAGGUACCCCCUGGAGAGUGACAUACAAAAGUACCUUUGGCCACGUCUUUGCAACCUUGAUCUGCUAACACUAUAUGAACUGCAUUAUCACAUGAUCACAUUUGGAAAGGUUUUCUGUACGAAGAGAAGUCCAAACUGUAAUGCCUGCCCAAUGAGAGCCGACUGCAGACACUUUGCAAGUGCAUUUGCAAGUUCUAGGCUUCGCCUCCCAGGACCACAGCAGAAAGGAGUGGUCACCGUUAAGCAGCCUGUUAGAGUUGAUGAAGUCCCAAACAUGUGUCUGCCGUCACCAGCUUUGUCCCUUUCUAGCAGAAGCUUCUUGGAGUCCGGGUUCCAGAAUCAAGAUUGUGAGCCUAUCAUAGAAAUGCCAGCAUCUCCGGAGCACAAACCUCUAGAAUCACUGGAACGAGACAUUGAAGACUUUCCUUAUGAGGUGGAGCAUGAGCAGGAGAUACCUACCAUCCGACUCAACACUGAAGAGUUUCGAGAAAAUGUCUUGAACUUUAUCAACAAGUCCAACACUAAAGAGUUUCAAGAAAGUGUGUUGAACAUUGUUGAUGAGAUCAGUACAUUGAAUCGAGAUGAAGAAGUGUCAAAAGCCUUGGUUCUUUUGAAUCCAGUGUCUGCUUCACAUCCUGCUCGUAAACUGAAGUAUGAGAGUCGACUAAGGACUGAGCACUUAGUGUAUGAGCUUCCAGAUUCACAUCCUCUUUUGAGUGGGUUUGAGGAACGGGAGCCUGAUGACCCCUGCCCUUACCUUCUUGCCAUCUGCCGAACAGAGGAACUAGAAAGACGUGAUGCAGAGAUAUGUUCAGGCAGUCCAAGUUCCUCCCAAUAUGAUCAGAUAGUUUAUGGAACUAUUUUGAUACCAUGUCGGACGGCGAACAGGGGAAGUUUUCCACUUAAUGGAACGUACUUUCAAGUUAAUGAGGUUUUUGCUGAUCAUGAGUCAAGCAAAAACCCAAUUCCUGUUCCGAGGACGUCAAUAUGGCAUUUGAGACGAAGAACUUUAUUGUGUGGAACUUCAGUUACGACCAUUUUUAAAGGCAUGUCAACAGAAGACAUUCAAUAUUGCUUUUGGAGAGGAUAUAUGACUGUGAGAGGAUAUGACAGAGAGCAGAGGGCACCCAGACCCCUCCAUGAUCGGUUCCAUUCAGGAUCAAAAAGUAAAAGAUAGUCAAUUCUGAUGAUUUGCAUUUAGAGGUGGCAAAAUUAUUUGAUAGGUGAUAAAAGCGUAAAACUGUACCCAUUUAUCAUUCGUUUAACAUAAUUUUCUUGUGAGAAUCAUGAUCGUCCUUUGAUGGAAAAGGUCAUCCUAGUCGCUCAUAUAGUUGCUAGAAUUGUUUCAUUCUUUUGCUAUUUCUAUUACUUGACAGGAUUUUCUUGUUGUAGUUAUUCCAAUCAUUGCUUUGAUCAUUUGGUUAGUCUAUUUUCCUGAUUGAGAGCUAUCCUGCCAAGUUACAAGGACAUAACUUAUGCUAGAUCCUGGGAGACCUUUAUUCUCUGUGAAACAAAGGAAGAUAUCUAUUCUCAUUUGGGAUGCACUCAAAUGGUAUAUGACUUGAAAAAUAUCAAGGAAAAAGAUGGUGUAUGACUUGAGUGCCUUUAUUUAGGAGGAGUCGAACAUACGUCAGUCAGCUCAUUGUCAUACAAAGUGUUUGAUGUAUUCUGGACACUAUAAAUUUAUGGUUGUUUAUUCUUC